UGCUGCUCCUCAGUGCUAUGACCUGGACCUGCCCCUUGCACACUGACCUUGUGCUCUGCUUCUCGCCAACGUUCGCCCUGUCCCUGUUUUUAAAAGUGGAUGUUUUUUGGCUGGUUUUGCGUCUGGUCCGGCUGGCGUUGGAGCUGAGGAGGUGGGAGCCGCAGUAAGGCAGGGGUUGUGACAGCACCGGUUUAGACUGACUUAAACUGUUUUUCUGGGAAACCCAGUUAGCGCAAGGUCUUGCCACCGCCUAAGGGAGGGUGCUUAACCUGUCAUCACUGAUAAAUGCCUUCAAAAUUAUUGCCAGAGAUGGGCUGGGACCCUUGUGAGCUCUUCCCACUUCAUUACAGUGGAGUGGCUGAUGCUGAGGCUUUCCCCAUCCCUUUAGGGCUGCUGCUCCAAGACGUUGUCCCACCCUCUAGAAAUGAGGGCAAAGAGAAGAAACUGCCUCUUCCCAGGUCGAAACAAGUCUCUUGGGAACACCGGUACUGCCCGUGUCCUGCCAGCCUCUGCGCAGCUUUGCUUGCCCCUUCUUUCCUUCGCUGGCCGCGCUUGGCUCUGCCUGCCAGGCGGGCGACACCGAGAAACCUCGGGAGCUAUUGGGUUUCUGCUGGCAACGGUGCAGGCGUGCAGCUGCGAUCUGUUGCUUUCCCCAUCUUUUGCAGAGUCACGGUGAUUAGUGAGGGACGGGCUAUAAGCUGAGUCUCUGGUUGUACGCUGGGUUUUGGACAGCUUUGGGGUGUUUUAACUUGUAACCUGCAGAAGCAAGGGAAAUCAUUAAUCCUAGGGGAGCGUGACCUGCCUUGAGCUCCACCUUUCCAGGCAAGCUUGCAUGCCGGUAGGAUUUUAGCUGGUUGAAAUGCUGUAGGUGUGGCUUUUUCCACAGCUGCUGAAAUCUGGAUUUGCUGCACAUGGAGAAAGAGCUCCAGACAUGUCUAGUGUCCAAGAGAUAACGCACAACAGCUCUGUGCCUGCAUCUCUGGCUGGCUUGAAGUCUCUCUCAUCUGAAGUCUCUGUAGUUAUAGUGGGCCUCCUUAAGUCAAUUUAAGCUUUGGAUCCCAUCCAAAGAAGGGGAAGUACAUUGAAAAUUGGAAACGUGCAAGAGGCUGCAGGUAGCUCUCAGAGGAUGGGAGACCGAGCUGAUAAUAAACAGUGAUUUACAUCGCAGAGCAUCCUCUUGCGGAGGUAACACAGUGGCACCCAUCCACCCUCAGCCUGCAGCACCUUUUAGAACCGUGUCUAACCAUAUUGAGAACUGUAUUACUGAUGAGGCAGUGGUGAUCCUUCUUAAGCCAGACCAUAUGCAGAGAAAGGCUAGGGCUGAGCUGUGGUUAAAAUAUGAUCCUCUUCAGCAUAAGCUGCCAGGCUCACCCACCUUUCAGAUGUGUUGCUGGACUCUCAUAUAGGCAGUUAUAUACCCUGUUUUGGAGAGCGGUUUUUAUUGUGCUCCAGGAACGGCUGCUGUGCUCUUUGCUUUGGCCGCUGGUGCAUCCGUACUGUUUACUAACAAUACCGUUGGCAGCAAACCCAUGCUUUUACUGUGCGGCUUCCUUGGGAGAUGUUAUCUUGAGGUUGUUUCAGCUUCUUCCUUUGUGGUAUUGUCUGAAACUCCCAGCUUUCCGGCAGGAGAGGGUGCAUGGAGUGCCAGCAAACAGCAGUGAGCGUGCAUUGAACACCCUGGGAGUCAGACCGUGGUGGUGUUUAGCAAGCACGUGUCCUUUAAGGAGAGGGCAAGUUGCUUAAAAUCCCUUAGCCUCAGACAGUGGUCGUGCCCUCGCUGGCACAGCGUGUUCCCUUCCUUGCCUGCAGCGUGCUACGACGUGUGUCAGCGUGCAUCUCUCGGCAAGGUUCCUCUUGCAUGUGUUUAUAAUGUCAAGUUUACUGGGAAAAGUGGACAGCCCUUGUGCCGAGCCCCCAGUAACAGCUCUCCUGUCUCUCUUUGAUUUACAGAACAAUCAAGUUCUUGGGAUUGGAAGCGGUUCUACGAUUGUCCAUGCGGUGCAUCGAUUAGCCGAGCGGGUUAAAGAGGAGAACCUGACAAUUGUCUGCAUCCCUACGUCUUUUCAGGCCCGACAGCUGAUCCUGCAGAACGGCUUAACGCUAAGUGACUUGGACCGACAUCCAGAGCUUGAUGUUGCCAUCGAUGGAGCAGAUGAAGUGGACUCUGACCUCAACCUUAUCAAAGGUGGCGGUGGCUGCCUGACCCAGGAGAAGAUAGUUGCAGGAUAUGCAAAAUGCUUCAUCGUUAUUGCGGAUUACAGGAAAAAAUCAGAGAGCCUCGGGGAGCGAUGGAAGAAGGGAAUUCCUAUCGAAGUCAUCCCCAUGGCUUACGUCCCCGUCUCCAGAGCCCUGACCAAAAACUUCGGAGGUGCCGCAGAGCUGCGGAUGGCUGUUAGCAAAGCGGGCCCUGUGGUGACAGACAACGGGAACUUCAUCCUGGACUGGAAGUUUGACAAAGUUCAUGAAUGGAGUGAAGUGAACACCGCUAUAAAAAUGAUACCAGGUGUGGUGGAGACGGGACUCUUCAUCGACAUGGCAGAGGUGGUGUACUUUGGCAUGGAGGACGGCUCGGUCAGCGUGCGGGAGAAGCAGCCUCGCUGACGCCAGCACGCUGCCUGCUCUGCUUCGCCUUCGGCCAGUUUGAUUCAGCUGUUGUAAUGGUGCCAACCUGACGUUUUGCCUUAACGAGCAGCGGUUAUUGCAGAAGACGGAUGGGAAGUUGAUCAGAAUCCGCUGACGUGAUACUGAAUGUCUUUUUUAAAAACAAAACAAAAAUUAUAUUCUAUUUCUAUAUAUAUAUAUUUUUACUUUACAGGAAUGUUGUCUUUUUUUAAAGAAUCAUUUAAACAAAUUGCUUUAAUGUUUUUAUUUUAUUUUCUAAGAAAUACUUACCAAAAA